GGUGGGUGAAGCGCAGGAGAGGAGGCACGUGGGAAAACCUCAGGCAAUGCAACGACGUGACGGACGACGACUUCAGGGAUAAGCUUCGAAUGUCGCCGCAAGUGUUCCGGAAAAUAGCGAAGGCGUUUGCGCCUCAUCUUCAGCGGCGGGUGACAUUCUACAGAGAGCCUUUGCAGCCAGACCAGAUUGUGGCGUACGCACUGUACAGGUGGGCUACAGGGGAGACGUACGAGAGCAGCACGUGCAACUUCGGGAUUGGACAAGCUUCUAGCCUGGUUGUCGUCUGCGACGUUACUGCCGCGCGACUAAGGGUAUUCGGAGAGAAGAUCGCCUGGCCAGCUGGAGUUUGUAAACUCGUCGUUCUGCGGGCGUUCACUCGUAAAUGGUUCCCCAACUACCACAAUUGCAUUGACUGUACUCACAUCUACGUGGACAAGCCGGCGAACGCACCAAGCGAAAACUACUACAACAGGAAGCACCGUUUCUCCAUCGUCGCGCAGGUUGUCGUCGACCUGGACUUGCACGUGCUCGAUGUGCACAUGGGAUACCCGGGUAGCUGCCACGACAUCAGGGUGCUCCAGUUGUCCAGCCUGUCGCAGCGAGCGGAGGAGGGGUCGUUGUUCCUUUGUCCCCCUGUGACACUACCGUUCGGUGUCAAGACGAACGGGUACGUCCUGGCGGACAAUGGCUACCCCCCUUCGGAAUGGAUGGUCGUCACGUAUGGAGGCGUCAAUCAGCGCGUCGACAAGGAGUGCUUUGACAACAAGCAGAAGGUGGCGAGGGGAGUGGUGGAGAGGGCGUUCGACAGGCUGAAAGGCAUGUGGCGGUUGUUUCUACGGACACAGAAAACCAACCUGGACAUGCUCCCGCCGCAGUUCACCGCCGUGUGUAUACUGCACACCAUACUGAUCGACGCAGGAAUCUCGUUCGAUGAGAAUCUGGUAUGGGAGGUCGACGCUAAUGGUGUGCAACGUCGUGUGGACUUGGGGAUUGAAGAGCCCCUUGAGCCUGUGACGAUGAUCACCUUGACGAGGGAAGCGUUGACCCUGAGGAAUGCUCUGGCGGAACGAAUGAAACACGAUUGAGUCGUGUUCACAUGGUGGACGACAUCGCGUGGAAGUGUAGUCAUUGCAGCAUUGGCCAUAGGGCAUAUUCGUUGUUUCGUCCAACCUUGAUUAGGUUGUUACUAGUUAGUGCGCGUCCCGCCUUGGGGUUGGUAGUUUGCAUUGAAGGUCGCAGUUCGUCGAAGUCGCGAUUGGUGGAUGUGCGUUGCCGUUGUUCUUGGAGUUUUUUUAUUGGCGUUUACGUUAUGUAGUGGGGACACGGCGCACUGCGGGUGUCAAGUGCACCAUUUUUUGGAACAGCAAGUGUCUUUUAGAAGAGAGAGCAGUGUUGGUCAUUCAGUUGGGCCUGAAACUUGUCCCCUCCUGCCUUGCAUUUUAAAGUCAUUUUAAUGAAAUGAUGAACGAUUU